AUAUCGAGGAACAUGCAACGUCCGGCACCUGCCCUCCUGACCGUCCUGUGGCUCCUAGCCUGGCCCGGCGGGACUCACGCCACCUCCAGGGUCCCUUCCUUCGGGGUGAAGCUGUGCGGACGGGAGUUCAUCCGAGCCGUCAUCUUCACCUGUGGCGGAUCCAGGUGGAGAAGGAAUGACCCCAUCCAGACAGACAUGAUUAGAACUGGAAAAAUGUGGGAUUUGUCAAAAGAACAGAUCGGCUUUAAAGGUCCAGCAGGUGACUUGCGAGUCGGGACUAAAUACCACCUAGUUAGUGACCAUAAUCCGAUCCGACCUCUGCGCACGCUCGUCCCCGCGUUCGUCAAGAAGGACACAGGGAGGACUGGUUCCUUCCCUACAGGGGACCCGGCCGAUGUUUUCGGGAACCUCAUCCCCAGCGAUGUGUCUUCAGAGGAAGACGAGAUGUUCAGCGAGUGGGCCAGCAACCUGAGACCCCACAACGGUGACCUAAUGGACUAUGGAGCCUCCAAAGGCUGGCGGGACCCCCCGGGGAGCAGACAUGGCGCAGGGGCCACGGCCGAAGACACCCUCAGGGGCGUGGAGCGGAGGGGGAGGGAGGUGGCGCUGGGCUUGUCUAACACGUGCUGUAAAUGGGGGUGCAGUAAAAGUCAGAUCAGCUCCUUGUGUUGAGUAAGACUCACAGUAUCGGGGAUUAUUAUUAAGAAUACCAGGGGAGGGUUGGUUUCAAGUAUAGCUCGAGCUCCACAGGCGCGACAAUGUAGCUUAUCGGUGUUUAAUUUUCCAUACUGUAAAUAUGGUGCCAUUAUAGACUUGUCUUCUUCACACAACACCUUCAUGUCAUAAAGUGACUUUGUAACGGAAUUUUAUAAUUUUACAAAGUUAGAAUAAAUUGAACCCAUGUCUCCGGCA